UUGGAUUACUCGUGAACAAAUUCAUGCAUACUUGUGGUCUGAGUGAAAAGAAAUUCAAACCGCGUUCCCACCGUCUACAUAUGAUUUUGAUUCACUCUCUUAAAACUGGUCUUCUCUCUCUGUGUGUGUGAUAUGCAUAGCAAAGUUAUAGAGUGUGGCAUUUAAUUUGCUUGGUCUGAUUCCAAUUUUAUAACAUGCGUUCAAGUAGACCAUCGCCCCCUUACUCGUUCAUCUUCACAUCCUUCAUCUUCAUCUCCAUACAAACUUGUUUUUGUGCUGGCAACGACCAAUAUGUAAACUGCAACAGACCCUUUCUAUGCGCCACCAUCCAAACCCUACAUCCCACAUUGCGGUUCACUGUGCUACCACCACCGCAGUUGGUGGAACCAUCACGACGGUUGAUCAAUAUUAAUAAGCCAGUAUAUACUACAGCGAAUACCUCGAAAAAUGGUACCGCAGGUUGCGCAUAUUACAAGGACUGCUUACCUCCUACAGAUCAGCCACCCUCGCCUCCACCAACACAGAUCAAUAAGCUCAUUGCACCAGCACUAGAGCCCAUUGUGCCAGUCCCAGCGAAUAAAACCUCGCACUCGACAAAUGCUGCCGCAGUUCGACCACCCCCGCCCCCACCAAGACAGUUCAAUAAAUUCAUUGCGCCAGCACCAGAGCGCAUUGUGCCAUCAGAAGUCCCAGUUCCGCCACCUCCGCCUCCACCAACACAGUCCAAUAGGUUGAUUGCGCCAGCACCAGAGCCCAUUGUGCCAUCAGGAGUCCCAGCUUUUCCGCAAUACCCGUCUCCAACUGAGUUCAUUGCGCCAGCAACGUCUCCCAUUGAAAUUGGGCCAUAUCAUAAUUAUUUAAGAGAACGGCCAUUUUCGAAGAGCAAUCCGUUGCAGAAAAUUGCAGUUGGCAUUUCUGGAGCUGUGUCUGGGAUUGUAGUAAUCUCUUUUGUGAUUAUCUACAGCCUUAAGAGAAGGCACCUAUCAACUAACGCAAUGGUCUGCUGUAAAAGUGGUGCAAAUAACUUUCAAAUCAUUAAUGAAGAAUUCAUAAAGAACUACGGAUCAGUAGCACCAAAGCGAUAUACUUAUUCAAAUGUGAAGAAAUUGACCAACUCGUUCAAAGAAAAAGUAGGACAAGGAGGAUAUGGUGUUGUAUACAAAGGGAAGCUACCUGAUGGAAGUAUGGUGGCAGUGAAAAUUUUGAGCGCGUCCAAAGGUAAUGGAGAAGAAUUUAUCAAUGAAGUGGCUAGCAUUAGUAGAACAUCCCAUGUUAAUAUAGUCACUCUUCUAGGUUUUUGCUAUGAGAGGACUAAAAGAGCUCUAAUUUAUGAAUUCAUGCCUUAUGGAUCUCUUGAUAAGUUCAUAUAUGAUAAAGGACCUCCAAUUACAAAUCCUCUCUUGGACAGCAAGACUAUGUUCCGAAUUGCGGUUGGCAUUGCUCGAGGACUAGAAUACUUACACCGUGGAUGUAACACAAGGAUCCUACAUUUUGACAUAAAACCACAUAAUAUACUUUUGGAUGAGGAUUUGCGCCCAAAAAUCUCUGAUUUUGGCCUUGCUAAACUAUGCAAAACAAAAGAGAGUAUUGUGUCAAUGACGGGCAUGAGAGGGACUGCAGGAUUUAUUGCACCAGAAGUAUUUAGUCGGAACUUUGGUGGAGUCUCUCACAAGUCUGACGUUUACAGCUACGGAAUGUUGGUUCUUGAAAUGGUUGGAGGAAGGAAAAAUUUUGAUGGUGAACUCUCUCGUACCAGUGAGACAUAUUUUCCACACUGGAUUUAUACGAAACUUGAACAGGACAAAAAUUUUAAUACUUUUGAGAAUAUAACAGAAGGGGCAGAAGAAGAGACAACAAGAAAGAUGAUAAUAGUUAGUCUGUGGUGCAUUCAGACCAAUCCUUCAGAUCGGCCGUCAAUUAGUAAGGCGAUAGAGAUGUUAGAAGGAACCCUUCAAGCCUUACCAUUUCCACCAAAGCCUUUCUUGGAUUCACCUACCAGGUCACCUUAAGAUUCUUCCAUGACUUCAUAGUCAUAAAAAAAAAAAAAAAUCAGACAUUUAAAAUAUGUGCAAUUGUAUCUAAAAUUCAAAGAAGAAUAGAUGAUCUUAUUGUUGUGUUUUGCUUGCUUACACAAAGUUGUAUAUAUACAAUUUUACAUUGAGACAAAUCGCUCCGAACUUAGAGAGAAGAUUUCAA